AUGUCGCCUCGGAAACAGCCCAAUAGCUUAUUCAAAAUCUGUGUUAAGAGUUGUAUUUGUUUAAUUAAUUCCGCUUGUUAUGUCAUUGAAAAAAAUUAUCCCGAAAAUGAGUUUGAGAAAUGUGAGAGGCAGGCAUUUUCUUUAAAAUGCCAUUUGAUGUCUAUGCUUCCAGCAAGGUUAUUUGAUGUCCUCUGUUUAGAAAGAACAUGUUGCCAGUACCGCGGCGACCCUCGAGUUCAGCUUCAUGUACUGACACACCCAAACAUGACAGUCUUCCGCAAAUGCGACCUAGAUAAUGGUAUACCACAACAUUUCUGGAUACAGAACCUCCCAAAUUUCACUCGUUUAGUCGUUCUGGAUCUUAAAUUUGUCUGUACAGACGAAAUCCUUCAAAUUGUCGGCACCAAUUGUCUGCUACUGGAAGAGAUAAACAUAGUUUCUAAGGUUGAUAUUUGCAAAUCGCUUAUCAACGCUUCAGUUUUAAUAAGGAAUGUUUCAGACGCCGGUCUUUAUUCUAUAGCUAAUUUGAAACAGUUACGUAUACUCGCAAUGGAUCCACCUCGUAAUGAGAGAGCAAGUCGGGUAGGUCGCUGUGUAUCCCAAGCUGGUAUUAUUAUGUUAGUGAGUGAGCUCCCAUAUUUAGAAGAGUUACGGAUAGAAUCUUGUGAUAUUGGCGCCACAUUAAUAACAACAGUCGUAGACAUCGGACCGUUAAGUUUAAAAAAAAUUAACUGCCACUUCGCUUCAGCUGAGGGUAUUAAGAAAUUAAUUAAAAUCUGCCCAUAUUUAAAGGAACUGUCCGUCACACACCUGUCGGCACACAACAAAGAUGCGAUUCUAGAACAGCUUUCUGUAAGUGAUCUCCGAUUGUCGAGGCUAGAUUUAUCUUUCUUUUCCUAUUCGGAUUCGAUGCAGCAACUAUUGUCUGUAAAAGGCAGUUAUUUGACGCAUUUCUCAUUAUGGGAGAUUGAACAUUCUUUAACGUUAGAAGCAAUUGUUUCAAUAGGUGUAUCUUGUCCCAAUCUAAUUACUCUAUGUCUCAUGACACAGUCGAAAUUUUUGCUUACACCGCGAUAUUUUAGGAGACCAGAGAAAAUAUUCUGUCAGCUCAGAAAUUUAACCAUAGGUAACGAAAAUUACAAUAUCAGUAGUAUUCUUUCAUUUUUCCUUGACUGUACGCAAAAUUUGCAAAAAUUAGUUUUAAAAUAUCAAACUAAAAUGAAUAUCGACGAUACUUUGCUACAGUUAAUAGAGAAGGGUAGAUUAAAAAAUUUAAAUUGUUUAUGGUUGGACUGUACGUUAGAAGUUUCUAAGGAUGUAGUGAAGCAAAUGAUACAACACUGUGAACAACUUCAAAUGUUCACAGUAGAUUUUAACGAGGAUAUGAGUGAUGUACAGAGAUACAUUUGUGAAAACAAUUUAGACUUAAAGCUGGGUAGUUACUAG